AUGGACGACCGGAUCGAUGGCGACGUCCCGGCAUGGCGGCCUGCGUCGGCUGGGAAGCUCCGAGCGAGCUUCCUGCGGGAUGUGGACCAAGUCGAGACCCCGGACAAGGGCUCCAAGAAGCGCUAUGGGUUGGCUUCGCGCUCGACGACGACGACGGCAAGCCAUAUCCCCAAGAGUAUGGCGUACGAGCCCUUGACGCGCAAGAUGGUGCGAACCAAGCCGCUGCAUGAAACGGAAGAGGCGAAGCUCAAGAAACGCGAGAGGCGCUGGGACAACGAGACGCCAACGUCCUGCUUUGACCCGUCGCCGGCGAAGCCCGACCGCCCUGUAUACUCGACGACCAGAGCAAUCAUGAAGCCGCGACUGGCCAUGGAGCAGGUGAACCGCCAGCGUAGCAAGACGGUGCCAUCACGGAUCGUGCCAGGCCAAGCCAUCAUGGGCUCGUCGACACCCUCGUCGACGACACCCAAGUACUCUGGCAAGAUCUCUGGAUCACUCGCAGAGUACGCAACAAAACCAGCCAUGCGUCCCGUCUUCUCGACAGCGACGACGUCGUCCGUCCUCGAGCGCGCGACCAACGGCUACUACGCGAGCAUGCGCGACGAGCUCCAGGAGGAUGCUCCGCCCAAGAAGCGGCCAUGCUUGGACAACAAGCCCAAGGCAGCUGCGCCCGUCGACGAGUGGCGCAGCAAGCACAAGACGUCGGGGCUAUAUGAACGACGGCGUCCGCCGGUCGCUUCCUUCUCGAGCCCUCUCGCGUUAAAGUGCUUGCCAACCGUUAAACCGUUUGCCUCGACACGGGCACCGACCAAGUCGUCCGGAUCGGCUGACAAGCCCAUCAGCUUUUCAUCCGACGAAGAUGAGGAGGGGUACGACGCAGAGGCCAAGGCGCCGCCGGUGGUCCACGAGCUCGCGCCGCUGGCCUGCGCGUCACUGAACGUUGGCGCCAACGAGAUUUUGUCGAUUGAGCUUCGGCUCGAAGAGAAAUACCUCACGUGGAGCGACAGCCAGUUGUACGUGAGCCAGAUUGCACAGCUGCUCGUGUUUGUCUCGAUGACGCCCGAGGUGCCUUCGUUCCUCGCCAUCAGCGCCACGCGCAACAACGUGUUUCGCCUCGACGCGGCCAAGUACAUUGUGGCCAUUCCACGCGACGCAGACGACUUGCUGCCCUUUUACAAUGCGUUCAAGCGGCGCUUUCCGCACGUCGUCGCAAGAAAGAUCCAGCUCAUCAGCCAAGCGCAAAAGUGCCUCGUCGACGUGGCGGCGUGGCGCGAUGGAGCGACGCCUCGUCGGCCCGAGCGCCAACAGCUGCGGUCCGCAACGCCUAGCAGCAAGCAGAGCGUUGCGAGUCUGCCACCGCAGACAACGACCAAGCCGCGCAAGACGCGCCAAAGUGGACGGCGGCCCCGUGUCGCCAGCAAAGUCGUCGUGGUGUACCCGCUGCCGCCGGCGAACCUUGAUGUGAUUUCCAUCACCGAAGAGGACCUGGAUCGCCUCGAGCCCGAGGUGUACCUGAACGACAACCUCAUCGACUUUUACUUCAAGUGGUUACAAGCGGGUCCGUGCGCGUCCACCAAGCCGUACUGUCUCUGCUUUGGCGCGCUCUUCUUUCCCGCGCUGACAACUGGCGGGUCGGUCACGUCGUGGUACAGCUACGACGACCUCUUUUCAAAGGAGGUGAUUGUCGUGCCCAUCAACAUUCGCAACCACUGGAGCCUCGUGGUCAUAUUCAACCCGGGGAUGGCGGCCGUACCAAAAGUCGAUCGACGCCUCCCACCCGUGCUCACGCUGCUCGACUCGAUGAGUGGCGCGCACCGGCGAGGCGAAGUAUGGUCCCCGCUCCUUUCGUACCUCGGCGCGGUCUUUACGAAGAAACACGGCAAUGACGACGGCUGGGACCCGUCGGCGUUUGCACGCGUCGUUGUCAAGGCACCCCAGCAAAUCAACUCGUAUGAUUGCGGUGUGCACAUGCUACUGAGCGCGCACAUGCUGCUCGACGCAUACGACGGCCUGCGCGGCCAACGCACCGACUUUGGCGUGGACGACAGUAUGGUCGAGGCCAAGCUCUCGAAUCUCAUUCGGAGCGAUACGUACGACGCGGCGACGGUCGAGGCGACGCGGAUGUCAAUGCGGACCACCCUGGACGACCUCGCGCGUCAGUACGAGCAGAUCAAGGCGACCAAGACACUCAACACGGAGGAGCUACAGCAGCUCUCGAUCUCGUCGGUGGAAGAAGAAGCGAGCUCCGAGACGGACGUCGCCGACAAGGUGCCCGCCGAGACCGACGACGACGACGAGAUCGCGUCGACGGCAGUCGCGGAGGAUCCGGAUGAAGAGUCGCAGAUGGAUCCGCCAUCGGACGCCGCGAACGUUCCGGAGAGCCCAGACUCGGGGACAGAGGCGCCCAAGCCAGCCAACGCGCCCGAUUAUCCCCCGCCUCGACGGCCGACAACCACGUUACGAUAG